AUGACGUAUUAUGGUACAGGCUGCAUUUUCCACUAUGAUGAUGAUUUUCCGAUGGGAAGUGGGAAAGGCUUCAAGGAGUCUGACACACCCAACUUCACAGGCUCGUACUACUCUCACACCAAGGCAAUAGUCGAGAACCUCAUUAAGGAGUAUCCCAACGUUUUAACACUCAGGGUCCGGAUGCCGAUCGUUGCUGACCUGACCUACGAAAGGAACUUCAUCACCAAGAUCAUCAAGUAUGAGAAGGUUGUCGACAUCCCAAACUCCAUGACAAUCUUGCCUGAGCUCCUCCCAAUGUCUGUGGAAAUGGCACUGCGAGGUCUCACCGGGAUUAUGAACUUCACAAACCCUGGCGCCAUAAGUCACAACGAGAUCCUCGAGCUCUACAAGAAGUACAUCGACCCCGAGUUUACAUACCGGAAUUUUACCCUUGAGGAGCAGUCGAAGGUCAUCAAGGCGCCCAGAUCAAACAAUCUGCUUGACACGAAAAGGGUGAGGUGGAUAUCCGGAAGCAUGAAUGUUUCGCAACCGUGUUGGCACAUAUUUUACGAUGCAGCCAGCAGGGGACAGCCCAACUCAUGGCUUUGUAAGUGCAAAGGCUCUGCAAAGGCUGUGCAAAGGCUGUGCUUGGGCACUAGCCGGCUGGUAUUUGAAUUUCCGCCGCUGGCCACAUUGUUUUCCAUUGCAGCAUUCAACGACGACACUUGCAUUGGGAAAAUGGCCAGAGUCUCCCUCGUCCAGAAAUCACGUGAUUGCUGUCGACCAGAGGGUUGCGCUUUGCGUCAGGGCCGUGCCCUUUGA